UCCGGUCCAAUUUGAAAAUCAAAUGCCCAAAACUGGAAUAACCUAAUCGAUCGUGUACCAAUUCAUGAGCACCCCCCAAUUCAUCCGAUCCAGCAAUUCUCUCUACCGCUCAUCUCUCAGCAAGACGGUCGUAAGCUAUAUUGCUCUCUCCGUUUCCAGCCCCUCUUUCCCUUAGGUCGGUCGCCGUCUACACCACGCCGUUGGUCAAGUAUCCCGAGGUAAGAAGACACCAAUGCCUCCGAAGUCAAAGAAGCUGCAAGCAGGCCCCGGAAUGAACAGAAAGUCUCGUCUCACACGAGCUGCAAACAAAGCCCAGCCAAAGCCCCCUGAUGAACCGUUGAAGGCGGACCAGGUAAAAGAAGUGGAUGACAAAACCACUGUGGAUCUCAAAGAGGAUGCCAUGGUCGAGGAAAUAGGUAAUGCUAGUGAGCAGCAGUUAUCUCCUGCUAGGACUAAAGAUGAGCCAGAGGAGGAACAUGAAUCUGAGGCAAAAAGAUGCCCCCCUACUAAGAAGGAGUUGGAACCGAAAGAGUCGGUUGAAGAGUAUGAAAAAUGUGAAAGGUUAGACUUGGAGGAUAAUGAUCCUGAAUAUGAAACUGAAGAGUAUGUUGGUGCUGAUUAUGAUGAGAGAGGAAGUGAGCAAGAAGAUGAACAAGAUGAGGGAGAUGAGAUAGAAGAUAAUGAGGAGGACUUUAUUUGUGGCGAAGAGGGUGAAGGUGAUAUGGUUGAAGAGGUGGAGGAGGUUGAAGAUGUCAAUGAGGACCUUGAGGUAGAAGAAGGUGAUGAACAAGAAAAUGAAGAACAUGCUGAGAUGGUUAAUGCAGCCGAAGAGGAAGAACACCACGAAGUGGUUAAAGAAAGACGCAAGCGUAAGGAGUUUGAAAUUUUUAUCGGUGGCUUAGACAAGGAUGCUACUGAAGAUGAUCUGAAGAAGGUCUUUAGUCCAGUUGGUGAAAUCACUGAAGUGAGGCUUAUGAUGAACUCUCAGACCAAGAAGAAUAAGGGAUUUGCUUUUCUGAGAUUUGCAACUGUAGAACAAGCCAAGCGUGCUUGUGUAGAGCUAAAAAAUCCUGUGGUUAAUGGAAAAAAGUGCGGUGUUACUCCAAGUCAAGACAGUGAUACUCUGUUUUUAGGCAACAUAUGCAAGACAUGGACAAAGGAUGCUUUGAAUGAGAAGUUGAAGCACUAUGGCGUUGAGAAUAUUGAUGACUUGACACUAGUGGAGGACACAAAUAUCGUAGGAACAAAUCGCGGCUUUGCGUUCUUGGAAUUCUCUUCUCGUUCAGAUGCUAUGGAUGCUUUUAAGCGUCUUCAGAAGAGAAAUGUUGUCUUUGGAGUUGACAGACCUGCCAAGGUUUCCUUCGCAGAUUCAUUCAUUGAUCCAGGCGAUGAAAUAAUGGCUCAGGUUAAAACGGUCUUUAUAGAUGGUCUUCCAUCCCAUUGGGACGAGGCCCAUGUUACUGAACUUCUAAAAAAAUAUGGGAAGAUAGAAAAGAUUGAGCUUGCUCGUAAUAUGCCAUCUGCCAAGAGAAAGGAUUUUGGAUUUGUGACAUUUGAUUCACAUGAUGAUGCUGUUACUUGUGCUAAAUGCAUCAAUAAUGCUAUGCUGGGUGAAGGAGACAGUAAGGUCAAAGUUCGGGCCAGAUUAUCAAGACCCCUUUCAAGGGGCAGGGGAAAAUAUGGUUCUCGAGGAGAUGUGGUGAGGCCUCGGCGCAGGCCAGUACGAGUGCCCAGGGCUCCGUGGGGACGCUCGUUGCCCCUUAAUCUCCCCACUCGUGCAUCAAGAGUUGGUACACGUGGACCGCCUUUGGUUGAUCGGAAUUAUAAAAGAUCUGCUGGUUAUAGAGAUAGAAGACCAGCCAUUGCUGUCCCUCCUAAGAGCAGACCUGUUGCUCAUGUGCCUAGCAGGUCAUAUGAGAGAAGGCCGCCUGCUCAUGCAUAUACAAGAAGUAGUACUAAGAGAGAUUAUGGAAGCAGAGCUGCAAUAGACUAUGCUCCUAGAGUGCAUUCUGACAGGCGUUCAUCCUAUAGAGACGAGUAUGCUCCCCAUGGAUCUGGCUAUAAUGAUUUUCCAGGAGGAACAUCUAGGACUGGCGUACGGAGAGCAUAUGUUGAUGAUGGCUAUGAGCAGAGGUUUGAAAGACCCCCUCCAGUGUACCGUGAAAGCCGUGCUCGGGAAUAUGAUUCUAUAUCUGGCUCUAAACGUUCAUAUACUGCAAUGCAAGAUGAUGUUCCUCCUCCUCGAUAUGUUGAGGCAGGAGUUCGCCGUUCUCGUGCACGAUUGGACUAUGAGUAUGCAGGACGCAGUGCUUCUCAAUAUGGUGGUUCCUAUGGCGACAGACCUGGAAGGCCUCCUAUUGGAUAUGGGGGCAGAAGUUCUAUGUCUAGUCAAGAUUCUCAUGGACUUUAUAGUGGUCGCCAGGGUAUGGGGUAUGACAGAGGAUCCUAUAGUGGUAGUGAUGUGGGUGGAAUGUAUGCUUCAGGCUAUGGUGGUGAUUAUAUGCCUCAUGGCAGUGAUAUGGGUGGCAGCUCUUACUCGUCACUUUAUUCUAACCGUGAAACGGGGGGUGGAAGCUAUAUGGGUGGUAGCAGUUCAAGAUCUUAUUAUUGAGAUCUGAAAGGGCAAAGAGGCUGCAUGGAGUGCACUAUUUAGUUGAAGGCUUCUCCGUUAUGGAUUGGAAGUAUUACAUCUAGCAUGCUGAGCCUUGUAUGUGGUUUGGUGACAUGCAUGAUAGAACACCGGGUCUUAUUUAUGGAGAUGUCACCAGGAGAUUGGUAGUUCAAUUGUACUGAGAUUUGGAUGCUUCGUAAAUUUCUGCUUUUAGGGAACUUACAGAAUUUCAAAGACGUGACUGCUACAUAUCCAGUAUUUGUUGUUAAUUUUCUUUUUAUCUAAACUUUUGGCAUCUCCAUGAAAGAGCUUGUUUGAAAUAAUAGUAAAAGUGGAGUGGUGUUGAAGUGCCAACGGAUGCCUCAUAAAUUUCUGCUUUUAGGGAACUUGCAGAAUUUCAAAGACGUGACUGCUACAUAUCCAGUAUUUGUCGUUAAUUUUCUUUUUGUAUAAACUUUUGGCAUCUCCAUGAAAGAGUUUGUUUGAAAUAAUAGUAAAAGUGGAGUGGUGUUGAAGUGCCAAUGUUGUCUUUUACACCUCUCAAGACUAUUGGACGAAUGGUGUAUCAUGUAUCCAUUUAAAUAUCCGUACGAUAUUUCUCAAUGCUUUGUACUGAAAAUUUAUGGAUUGCAAGGACAACCAGUCAAAGAGAAUGCAAAAGAAGAGACAUGGAAAUCUUUUUAUUGGUUAUGAAAUGUGGAUUGAGUGAUUGACAGGGACUUCUGAGAGUGAAUUGGGUUAUGGUCUCCACUUUUAGUGAAAAGCAUAUUUUUUGUUGAAGAGAGAUGGGGCAUCAAUUGCAUCUCUGUGUUAUCAAAUUGCUUUAACUUUUAUGAACAUUGUGAUGUUUUGUGCAUUUUAGGAAGAAUGAGGCUAGACAACCUGUUGGGCUAAAGGAUGAUGUCUUUCUAUGUAAUUUGCUCACUUACGCGCAACUCAAAAAGACCAGUGCUCGGGAUAGCAGCCAGGACUUCUCCAGUGAUGAAGUCUGUCUUUAAGAAAUAGGCUAGUGGAAUUUCCGGUUUUCAUAGGACACCUUUCAAAUUUGCUUUUCAUUAUUCAGAUUAGUUUGAGCUUAGAGUGCAAAAAAUAGGUCUAUGUAUUAUAUUCUUAUGCUAAUUGGACUGAAAAACAAAAGAAUGCUCUAAUAUUUGCGAAGGUGGGAAAAGGCUAGUUCCGGUUUGGGGAGGCUCUGCCUUGACUCUCACAUUGUGGAUCAACCCUGCAUGUACACGCAUUUUUUUGCUAGAUCAAAUACCAGCAUUUUGGUACUUACCAACUCAAAUAGACAAAUAUGCAUAGUUACAUGCCUUGAAAGUCUCAACACAGAGACCACUCAUCACAUCCAAAUACACCAGUCUAGAAAAUCUUCACCAUCCACCUCUAUUACUUAUUUCAAAAAUGCCCCUCGAGUACCGCUCCUUCAGUUGAACUGCUUUUAUGUUUGACUUUUAGUUCCAUAUAUGAUAUAUGAUGGUUUCCCAUCCAAAAUUGUCUUCAUCAAGGGCAUCCGUAGGAGUAAUGCUCUAGGGGACAACAAAUAUAGGCUUGUCAUUUAUCAUCCAAUGAAUGCGUGCAAGUUUUCCUAGAAUGUCUACAUUAAUGUUCUCCUUUACCAUUUUUCCAUCACUAAGGCUGGGUUUAGUUGGGGAUUUCGGGAGGUAGGGAAAGAAAUUAGGGGAUUGAUGUUUGUUUGGUUGGAAGAAAUAGAGAUAAAGAGGGGAAGACUUCUAAAACUUCCUAGUGUCCCUCAUUUCAAAGCCCCGAAAUAACCCGAAAUUGGGGUAUUCAGAGAAUCAGAGGCAAUGAGAAUUACGGAAGAUUGGAUACAUGAGUGGACAAAAAGAGCCUUCUAUUCAGAACUCUCAAAAUAUAAGCAGCUCAAUCUCUUCUCUUGCGUCUCACACUCUCACUCCUCUAGUCCUCUUAUGCCUUUUAACGCUUAUAAUGGCUAUUAUUACUUACUAUAAAAUACCCCAUUAAUAAUUAAAACUGAAAUUGUUUCAUAAUUUAAAUAUGAUUACUUCUUUUGCAUAUGUAAUCAGUGAUUCAGUUGUUUGAAAUAAUUCAAAAUUGGUUAUUGUCAAUACUUUUAACCUCUAUGUAUAAUCAAAGUAAUAUUAUAUUUUCUAUAUUUAUAAGAAGAAUUUUUAAUAAAUAAUUUCAAUAAAAUAUAAAUAAUUAGUCAUAGGGCUGUCAAGUAUUUCGUUUAAUUUUCAAUAUUAUGAUUUAUGAACUCAGUUAAUAAUACUUCAUUCUCUUUUAGUUCCAAUGUUCCACUUUUCACGUUUGCCAACGCACAAUUUCAUAUUAGUUAAAAAUAAAAAAAAAUUCAUAUUUUGAAAAGUUAAAAAAAAAGGAAUUUAACAAUAUUUUGUUAAAAAUAAUUCAUAAUAUAUUACUCCCUCCGUCCCGAAUUAUAAAAUACUUUUCGGUUUACGAUGUUUGACCAACGAUAAAGCAAACAGAUCCUUGUUUGCACUCAAAUUAUUUUUUGAAAAAAGAAAUUACAUAUUCAGAAACUAUAUUAAACCUGCUACAAAACCUGCAAAAAAUAAUUCAAAUUUCAUAAAUUUUUGAUAUAUAAAAUAAGAGAUUAAGAGUGAUUUGUGUUGACCAAGUGAAUAGUAAAGACAUCUUAUAAAACGGGACUGAGGGAGUAAUAAAUAGAAUAUAGUCAGGGGCAAUUAAAAAGAACGGAGAAAGUAUUUGGAUUCAUCACAUUUAUCCAGCUUUGCAAAACAAGUUAUAAAACAAGGGCGAAUUAGGAAAUUUCUUUUAAACUUUCCUCCCCUUUCCUCCCACCAAACAUAAAUGUUUAUCAAAAUCAUUCUAUCUCCUUCCCUCCCCUAUCCUCCUUGGCUCUCCCCUUCCCUCCCCUCCUUUGAACCAAACAAUGGCUUAAUGUUUUUGGCUGUCCAGUUUCUCCACCAAGCCUCUCAUCUGAUAGGUAGUCAUCUUUUAGCUCUCUAUUAGGGUGUAGAAACUUUAAAUAGACUAACUCAUACUUAUGUUAUCUAAUCAGUGAGCUGAGAACACAGUGAGUACUUGCUCUCGGGUUAACACCCAGUUGAAUAGGUUACCUACUCGAUCUGAUCCAAUAUUCAGAAUGGUAUGAGUUUAUCACCAAGUUCUGGUUGGUAGGUUAUCAAGAAUUUAUUAGUACCGGAUAGCGUUGUCAUGAUUUCUAUGCCAGAAGCCUUGCAGAUUACGAAAAUUCGUGGGUGAUGAUAUAUGUGUCUUGAGUAGUGAUGAGUUUUGGUUGAAUAUGCAAAGAUAUCAGGGUUUCUUUCCAUGCGAUUCAACUUUGUGUAUAUUUGAGAUAUGCUAUUGCUUUGUUAUCAAUACUGCAUGUUUUUUGAACCCCUAAAGACAGCUUUGUGAGGUAAAGCAGGUCAAGACAGGGAAGGAUACAGUUUUUUUUAUUACUUUUACAGUCUGUAUGUUUUAGAGUUGGUCUUUUAGUGCAAUUUAUAUUUAUUACGUAGUAAGUAGUUAGUUUUGAAAGUGUCGAAUUGGAUUUCUGUACGUGAAUUAUGAUUUAUGAACUGUGAUAUUGAUCGAGCUGAGUUUUGGAAGCGUUACGUACCGAUAGCCAUCUUUGAUGAUCCAUUUGUAAACGAAGCAUGGCAUUGACUUUUGUUCUAUUUGGUGAUGUUUUAAAUCCUAUUGAAUUGGUAACUGUAUCUUUCAAAUGUGAAUAUGUGACCAUCUUUAC